AUGACAAUCACCCUUCCGCAGGCUCUCAAAGAAUCUCGUUGUAUACUUCAUAUUGACUUGGGUAUAAAUAUACUUGCCCAAUUAUUUAUAAAACUAACUCAGUAUGGCAAGAUUGCUUUUAUUGUCAAGUUGAAAUAUACAUAUAAUAACUAUGUGCAAUUAGAACAAGUGAGACUAGGCAUAUCUUCUGACGUUCCUGCAGCUGUACAGCAGUGGCAGAAUCUUAUUGCUGUAAACUAUCCAGCCAGACAGGCAGGCAUCGAUAGACAUUGUACAGUAGAGAAAGCCAAAGAACUAUGCCCAGAGAUAAAAUUAUUACAUGUACCAACAUAUGCUGCAAAUGAGAUAGAACCUCAAUACCGUGAAAACCCUGAUCGUGCCACUCACAAGGUGUCACUUGACCCUUAUCGAGCAGCGUCAUUAAAUAUAUUCAAGAUAUUUCACAAGUACUGCGACAAGAUUCAAAAAAUCGGUUUAGAUGAGGCGUUUAUGGAUGUCACUUCUACAGUCAAUCAGAGAUUGAUGGAAUAUAUCGAUUGUCACCCAGAGCUGCUUGAUAGACUAGAUGACGAUGCAUGCAAUUUAGACCUUGACUGGGAUCAGGUAGGUAUUACUAUCGAGUCCAAAGAGGAAGAGGAAAGAAGGCAGUUAGAAACAGAUGAAAGCCAUUGGUCAAAGGCAACCUGGAGAGACUUGCAGCUUUAUUUUGGUGCAGAAUUGGCGGCAAAAAUUCGUCAUGAGAUAUAUACAACACUCCAAUACACAUGCUCUGCUGUCUUAAGAAAUUCUGCUGCGCUCUACUUUAUGGAACAGGUCCCAUUCACUAAAAUUAGAAACCUGGGCGGGAAACUGGGAAGUGAAGUUGAAUCGGGUCUGUCUAUAGACAAAGCAAGUGAUCUAUGGAAAUAUACGAUAGAAGAACUUCAAAUUAAAUUUGGAGAUUCGACAGGACGAUAUCUAUAUCAUAUUAGUAGAGGAGUGGAUAAUGAAGAAAUUAUUCCGAUGAAAGCUCCUAAAUCGAUUAUGGCCUCUAAGCAGUUUAAUCCUGCUGUAGAGAAUGUUCAAGAGAUGGAUCGAUGGUUCUCUAUACUGGCCAUUGAACUUCGAAAUCGCGUACUGAAGAAUUAUGAAGAGUUUAAUACUUGGCCAAAAACAUUUACUCUACAGUACGCGUCUAUACCAUACCUUUCUUUUCGAUCUAAAGCAAUGGGACCCAUUAGUCGUGAGGAAAUGAAAGAUCAUGGUAAGAUAAUAAACAAAAAGCAGAAGAAAAGGUUUGUUGAAAGGGCUUAUUGUGUAGAGAACAUAACCAAGAAAUUAGAAAAGGUAUUCAAAUCUGUAGGAAGCCCAAUGCCAUGCUCUGGUCUUCAAUUUUCAGCAAGUAAUUUUACACAAGGAGCAUCCCAAUUACGUCCAAUCCACCAAUUCUUUAAUAAGAUACCCAGAAGCUUAAAUGAAUCAUCUGCUUCAAGUCCGACAUGUUCACAAUCUACAUAUGAUAAACCAAGGACGGUUGCUCCAUUAUGGAAUCAAGACAUUAAUGAAUCAUUGGAAUAUCUCUGCGAUAAAUGUCAUAAAAAGAUCUUGUUGAUCAACAUUGAUGAGCACACAGAUUAUCACUUUGCUUUAGACAUUCAAAAACAAGUAAACCAAGAGUUGGAUCAAUCCAAGAAACGAGCAAACAACGAUACUCAACCAUCAAAUAAGAAAAAGAAACUCUUCUUCUCUUAA